AUGAUUCAUCUCAGGCGUCUGAAGAGAAAAUGUACUCGAGAGGUUCCAACCUGUGCUCUGUGCUAUCGUCUGGGAAAGACUUGCGAGUACGCUGAAACUGCAGCUUCGGACUCAACCAUAUCUACCAGGCUUAGUCACAUUGAACAGCUUCUCCACCUAGACGGGGUCUCUCCGUCUAGGACCUUUCCGGGCAUCAGUCCUGCCGCCUUCUUCCCUAGACCAGCGGAGGCCUUUCCGCUGCCCUUUUUCUUGGAUUCUGAGUUUCUGACUCCUCAGGGACUCAACUCUCUCUCUUGGAGUCACCACCCACAGCUUCAUCACAUGGUAGCUGAGCAGCUUGAAGAUGAUCGAGUAGCUCUCAGUGAAGGGUACCUCAAGACAGUGCAUAAAUGGCUGCCCAUUGUCAGCCGGAAGCGCCUCCUUAAUGAGCUGAAUAGCGAUCCAGCGGAAGCGGAUGGAUGUCUUGCCAUUUUUCUCCUGUGCAUAAAAUCAUUCAGCACUAGGGACGGAGAAUGUGCUAGGACCUCAUCAUGGUAUUUGUCGGCUAGGUCGCUUUGUUCAGAAGCAGAAUCGGCGGGCUUUGUCUCUCUAAGACUUGUUCAAUCUCUUGUCCUUCUAGCACUCUACGAGCUGUCCCAUGCCAUCUAUCCUGGCGCAUACCUAACACUCGGUCGCGCAUCGAGACUAGGUAUUCUUCUGGGCAUACAUGACAGGAAGAACAAUCAGUUGUUUAAGCCUGCGGAAACCUGGACUCUUCGAGAAGAGCAACGCAGGACGUGGUGGGCGAUAUUUUUGCUUGACAGACUUAUGAAUAUCGAAACAAAUCUACCGCUUACUGUUCCUGAACCAGUUCAAGACGAGCUAUUACCGAUCAACGAUGAGGAUUGGGAUGAAGGGAAGAUUGUUCCCAGUGAGCCUCUAUUCACCAUGUCAUUCAGCAGCUUAACAUCCGUGGGCUCCUUCGCAAAAAUGUGUCAGGCCGCCCACAUGCUUGGCAAAGUCAUGUCUCACAAGGCGAAUAAACGCUCCGUGCAUGACGUUGGGAGUCUUCUCCCUGAAGCUGUAGCACUCCAUUCGGCGCUGUCGGCGCUACAUCUGUCCAUCAAAGAAUAUAUUGCCGGAGUAACAUCUCCCAACUUUUCCAUCUCCGGCAUCAUUUCUCUUUCUUUGUGCUGCUCUGCUCAGCUUCUUCUCUACAACAUGUAUGGCUGCAACGAGCCGCUAGUUCUUAUCGAGCAAAGUCGAAUCGCCAUGGAGACGGAGAUGCAAAGUGUUAGCCUCGAUGGAAUCAAAUCCAUCUCCUUCAAUGUUAUGCCAGCAAUCGCACGCGCUAAUAUCGAGUGCCCUCUCAUAGCACAAUGCCUCUACCAUGUGGCGACGGAGUGUGCAUGGUUCGUGCGAGAGGAUCAUGAGCCACAGAUGUACAACGCCUUGGAGGAUGUUGUGCGAGAGCUAAGAUCUACUGGCGAAAAAUGGAAGAUUGCAACGGAAUAUCUUGCGUUGCUGCAACAGGCUGGCGUUUUAAGUUUGAUCAAUGUUGACACGGAUGCAUCGUCUACACUAACUCCAUCAUCUGGAUAA